AUGCUGACUGCAUGGUACUUCGGUCUCUUUUGGCUGCUGACCUCCAUGGCCUUGGACGCAUCCAAGCAUUUGGUGUGCGCGUCGGCAUACCAUGCAUUCCUCCGGGGGCUGUCGGCGCUGCCUGUCCCACCUUCGUACUCUGUCAGCGCUGGCGACAGCAGCAUUGACGCCCUAUUCAUCAAUAAUAGCGGUGCCGGCCGCAGCGGCAGCUGUACAGCCACGGCCACCAACACGGACAGGGCACCUCGGGGCUCUCAUUGUGAAAGCGGGGAGAGCCGCCACGUGGCAGGUGAUGGACAAAGCAGCAAGAGCUGCGGCCGCGGUCAUGAUCGCGUUAAGACACACUUGGCCAGCGGCCACGUCACCCUGGUGCCAUCACCCGAGCAACACCUGUACGACACACGUGCGCUGCUGCGUCUGAUCUGGUUACUGCAUGGGCACGCCCUGUGGCGAGCCCUCGCGCUGAUCUACUGCUACCAGGUCUUUGUGUUCUUCCAGCCUGUUCUCCUGAACGAGCUGACCAACCAGCUGGCACACGGGCGGCCAGCUGACAAGCGCAUCUGGAUUCUACCAGCGCUGCUGUUUCUGUCGCCGCUGUUGGGCUCUCUGUGCAAGGCUCAGGCCCAGCUCAUUAUGAUCCAGAUCCAGAUAGCGCUGCGCUCCCAGUUGACUGCGGCUGUGUAUCGCAAGUGCCUGCGGCUGUCCGCGGGCGCCCGGGCCAGCCUGCCCUCGGGCCGGGUGGUGAACCUCAUGUCGGCGGAUGUGGCCAAGAUCUGCGACUUCCUGUACCCCCAGCUGACUUUCAUUUCGGUGGCCCCACUUGCGGUGGUGGUGUCGCUCAUCAUGCUCUGGUUCAAAAUCGGGUGGGGCACCCUUGUGGGCUUAGCAGUGCUGCUGCUCAGCAGCCCCGUCUCAAACAUGGCUGUACGGGCGACCCAGCGCCAUCGGAAUGAGAUGUUGAAGGCAUCGGACAGCCGGAUGAAACUGGUUGGUCAGUUCCUGGCGGGCGUUCGGGUCAUCAAGAUGUACCACUGGGAGCAGCCACAGGCGGAGUCCAUCACAAAGUGCAGGGCGGAGGAGCUCCGGGCGCUGCGUAACAUGAUUCCCUCCAAGGUCGCCAUGCAAACGCUCCUGUAUGUGCUCCCGCAGCUGGCGGGGGUGCUGUCGUUCGUGGCGGUGGGACUCACCAAUCCGCAGGCGCUGACGGCUGGCAGAGUGUUCAGCAGUUUGGUGCUGUUCCAAAUCAUGAGGUUCCCACUGCUCACUCUGUCCACGGGCCUGGUGGAGUUGGGAGCGGCCAUCAUCUCCGCCCGCCGCAUCACAUCCUUCAUGGCGGCCGAGGAGCAAAGGGACUAUGUCACACGCCUCACACAGCCACCCGGAACAACCCCGCUGCCGCCACCAAGUGCUCGGCGCCGCAGUUCCUCUACUUAUGAAAAGCGCAACGGGGAUUGCCUCACACCUGCAUUGCAGCGCGACCUCAGCCUGCACCGCACCAGUGAAGGCGGCAUGCCGUCGCUGGCAACUGGAGGCGGCGGUCGGGGUAUUAAUACAUUCGACAAUUCUUCGGGUUGUGAUGGCAGUGCAAAUGAAGCUAUUGCUACUCCUGUAGCGGUUGUGGCGGCUACGACUUCUGCUCCUACGAAUGCUUUCGCUUCCGGCAGUGGUGGUAAUGGCGGCAGCAGCGGCCUCCAGAUGUCAGCAAUGGCAAGGCUAUCUCGGAGCAGCCAGGCCGGACAGCUCCCACUCCAGGGAGUGGAGCCAGGGCUCACCAUCCGGGCUGCUGGCUUCAGGUGGGCCCCAAUCAUGCCCCCGCAGCAGCACCAAGAGGAUCAAGAGCGGCUGGGGAAGGACACAGUAGGGGGACCAGCAUCAGGUGCUGGCGGAGGUGCAAGUAAUGCCCAUCAGGGUCGGUCGCUGCUGAGCUUUCGACGAUGUGGGAGUAGGAGUAAGCCGCGACCGUUUAUGGAGACAGGGCGGAGGGAUGUGAAUAUGGAGUGCGUCACCUCCAGCAGUACACUGAGCCACCCCGGCGGCAGUGCAGGCGGCCUGGUGGGCACCACUGCCGUCGGCCUGGUAACUGGAAACAUGCCAGGUUUGUCUGUUGGCUGGCGCAAGGAGGCCGACGAGGAAAGGACUGGGCUGCUCCGAGGUGCUGGUCGUGACGGCAACGGCUUUGCACUGGGCCAGGUGGACCUGAGGGUUCGCCCUGGCGAGCUGGUGUGUGUUGUGGGGCGGGUGGGCAGCGGCAAGAGCUCACUGCUGUCCGCUGCACUGGGGGAGAUGGAGCUGGUAGAGGAGCUGGACCAGGAGCGGGGGGACGUGGUGGGGCUAGGGGGCCGAGUGGCGUACGUCGCACAACAGGCGUGGAUCGUGAACGCCACGGUGGUGGAGAAUGUGACCAUGGGCAAGCCGUUUGAUGAGGAAAAGUGGGCACGGUGUGUAGAGGCAUCUGCUCUGGGCCCCGACCUGGAGCUUCUGCCUGCGGGUCGUGACACGGAGAUUGGGGAGAAGGGGGUCAACCUAAGUGGAGGACAGAAGCAACGGCUUUCGCUGGCUCGGGCCAUGUAUCAGGAAGCGGACAUUUACCUGUUGGACGACCCCCUCAGCGCUGUGGAUGUGCAUGUGGGCGGCCACAUUUUCAAGCAUAUGAUCCGAGGAGCGCAGGCGGGCGCUGCUGUGCUGCUAGUCACCAACGGGGUGCAGUAUCUGCCCCCGGCUGACAGCAUCGUGCUGAUGGAUGCUGGGGAGAUUGUCAUGCAGGGUACCUACCAACAGUGUAUGGGGGAACCUGCUUUCCGUUCCUUGCUCGAGGAGUUUCGGACUGAGCAGCAGCAGCCCCAACAGGGGGAGGUUCAGGGUGAAGGUCGGCAGCAGGAGGAGCAACAACAAGACCCAGACGUGUUUGCUGGAGCCAACAGGUGUUCAUCAGUGCUGGUCGUGUCAUCUGGGCCUGACAUGGGGAGGGUGCAGCCAAGGGGAAUUAACCGGACAGAAGCUGGACCACAGGCAGGCUCAGUUGCCGAGAGUGGAGGUAGCGAUCACCAGCCGAAAAGCAAGCAAGGCCACCCGCAGGACCCGCACCAUGACGGACAGCAAUGUAAAGAGGGACUUCAAUAUUCGCCCACCGGUAUAUCUUACAGCAUGUCCACUGCGGCUUACAAUGCCCGCCGGACAAGCGUGGAGCAAUCGCAACGGCAGUGGCAUGGCAACUAUUUAACAUCUCAUAUGGCAGAUUUUGACGAGGGCAAUGAGAUGAUGGAUUCACUUCUACGGAUGAGUGUGGAUGGCGGCAGGGAGAGCGAUAGCGAAUCCAGUUGUAAUGGUGACGGCAUCAAGGCCCAUAGCGGGGCAGGUGCAGUAGCAGCACUGGUGGAUCACGGCACGGGUGCCGGGGUCGGCAGUGGAGGUGGAGCCAAUGGGGUCGAUCGGCCCGAGGAGUCCCGCCCGUUACUGUCCACCUGCCAGACGGUGUGCUCUUCCAACUCCACGACACGGGACACUACUGAUGCUGGUGCUUGCUGCAGUGACGCCACCGUCCUCAGGCAUGGAGACAACAUUGCCGCAGGCCAGGGCAUGCCAGCAGGCUGCUUGAAGGCAGGUUCACCAUCACCGUCGCCUCGUUUACCACCGGCCGUGAUCUCUCAGCAUGGCGCCACUGCUGCCACCGCGAAAGGCCGCAUCACGGUGGUCGAGGACCGCGAAUUGGGGCAGGUCAAAUGGAAGGUUUACGGUGCCUAUUUGCGCGCCUUCCACGUGGCUGCUGCUGUUGCAAUCCUACUGUUCUGGUCGGCAGAGCAGGGGACCCGCCUUGCAACCAAUGCCUGGCUAGCUCACUGGAGCCGUGACCAGCAGCAGCAGCAGCAGCAGAGUGCUCUCAGCGCCCCGGGCAAGGGGGGUCCCGGCUUCAGCCGUUUUGCAGGCGUGUACCUCCUGCUUGGAGCGGCUUAUGCAUUUGCAACGUUUUGCCGUUCGACUACCAACAAUCUGGGGUCCUACCGUGCCAGCAAGAUCCUGCACGCGCAAACCCUGACGGCCCUCAUGGCGGCGCCUUUAUCGUUCUUUGAAGCCACUCCCGUAGGAAGGAUCCUCAAUCGUCUCAGCCGAGAUGUGGACGAGAUGGACUACAACCUGGCUAUGUACCAGCAACAGCUGGGCAACUGCGUCAUGCGCUUGCUGGCCACAAUCCUAUUCCUGUGCAUCCUGCAACCAGCAUUUGUGGGUGUGGUGGUACCCUUGACGGUUAUUUACUUCAUUCUCCAGAAGUACUUCAGGCGGUCUUCUAUUGAGCUCCAGCGCAUUGACUCGGUGACCCGUUCGCCUGUGUAUGCCAACUUUGCGGAAACUAUGGCUGGACUUGACACGCUCCGGGCAUAUCGUAUGCAAGAACGGUUCAAGGCGCGACAUGAAGCCAUGGUGGACACCAAUGCCACAGCCUACUACAACGCAAGAGUGGCAGACGAGUGGCUCAGCCUGAGACUUGACCUCAUCGGCUCCAUCAUAGUAUUAUCUGUUGCAGCGCUAAAUGUGGGGCUACAAUCAAUUAGCUCCAUCUCUCCGGCACUAGUGGCGCUGGCGCUUGCUGAGGCAAUUGAUCUUACAUCAUUCUUGAAUUAUGCCGUCAAGGUUUCAGCAUUAGUAGAGAGCCGUUACAACGCUGUGGAAAGGUUACUGACCUACGCGCGACUUGAGCCAGAGGAGGCAGUGCAAGCUGGGGCGGCAAAACACUCCCCAUACCGGCCCCCCGGGCUGCCACCCUGGCCAGCAACUGGUGAGCUGGAGUUUCGUGAUAUCUGGAUGUCGUACCGACCAAGCCUCGACCCUGUGCUGCAGGGUGUAACAUUUAAGGUCUACGAUGGCCAAAAGGUGGGAAUUGUCGGUCGUACAGGAAGCGGAAAGAGCUCCCUCAUUGUGGCAUUAUUCAGAUUAGUGGAGCCCCAGCGAGGGCAGAUGCUGCUUGAUGGUGUAGAUCUGCGGACCCUAGGUCUGGGAGCUGCACGCUCGGCCCUCUCUGCCAUCCCUCAGGAACCUGUGCUUUUCUCUGGGAGUGUACGGUC